AUGGAUUCGCCGAUUGAUCCUGCCGUGGCGCCGCAGCCAACGUACGACAUACCGAACCCGCCAGACGGAGGAAUUAAUGGUCAGUCCGUCGCGACGAUUGACGAUCUUCAGGCUCAUCUCCAGGCCCACGCCGGGAGGCAUGGUUUUGCUGUCAUCCGACGCAACGGAGGCAACUAUCGGGGAGACCCAAAGAAGCCCACGCGCUACAAGAUCUGCUGCGACCGUGACGCUAUUCGCAAGGCUGAAGGUUUCGGCAACCGCAAGACAGGCACCUCAAAGAACGAUUGUCCUUACAUCCUUAUCGACAUGGGCUACAAGCAUCGCAUCCAGUGGGCCGAAGAGGACCCUACCCGCCCUGUUGCCUUCGUCUGGACUUACCCGUGGUGUGAAAGUAUGUGGAAGAGAUUUCCAAAGGUCAUCGGCUUAGACAACACCUACAAGACCAACCGCUUCAAGAUGCCGCUCUUCCAGGUCACUGGCACAACAGAUAUUGGCUCCUUAUAUAACUGUGCCUUCGGUCUCGUGUCAACUGAACGCUGCGACGGCUACGACUUUCUUCUUGAGUCUAUCGAAUCGAUUCGGGCCGAAAUCUACGCCGAGCGUCCUAAGGUCGCGAUUACUGACUUUGAAGAUGCCUUACGGUCAUCCAUUAUGGACAUCUGCCUGACGCUCAACUUCAACUCUGCAUCUUCCACAUCAACCAGAACGUCAGCCUCAAUGUCAAACGGAAGUGGCAAGGGCCUGGCGGCCCUGCUGAAGACGAGCUCGAUCCUGCAGCAGGAAUUCUCUGACCAACAGCCUGCCCUCGAUUACAUCUCUAAUACUUACCUUCCUGUGCGGCAUCAGUGGGCCAACUGCUUUAUCUCGCAGUAUGAGAACUUCGGCGUACGGACCAAUUCACCCACCGAGACUGCCCAUAAGGAUCUGAAGUCUUACGUUAUCACUGGUAGCUCUGACCUUUAUGCCGUCUCGAAGGCAGUUGAAGAGAUGAUCCGGAACAAGGCUCGCACCUACACUGAAAAAGUAGCAGAGAUGGAGACUCGCACUCGCUACGAGUACCUUCGCCGUGACUGGCUUAGGACCGUCUCUAAGGAGGUUGGUAUGAAGGAGCUAGAUCUGAUGAACCGGCAGCGUCAAAAAGCCUACUCCGUCAUCAACGGCGCCGGCGAAUCUUUGAGCUGGGCCAAUCGGAAACUGUACUUCAGAUAG